GAGUCCCACUAGAGCAGAGUCGCCAGUAGGCAACUCAGCCUUGUGAGAGUUCGGUUGUCAAGUGUCGGUAGUCAAGGGGAGUCCAUUCCUUCACACACGAUAAAGAAGACAGUCAAACAACCUGAAUGUUUCUGCGCAGAAUGGUAAAGUGGGAUGGCAUUGGGUGUGUUCAGAAGGCGACUCGCUGGAAAAGUGAGAAGUGAACGCGGCCAUUUCAGAGACAAUUAAAAAAAGAAGAAAAAUAUCGCUCUGGCCGGAUCAUCAACAACACCUGGCGGUGUGAGAAUGUGGGCAGAUGGUGCUUUCGGUGGUGCGCGGUGCCAAAAACGUUUAACGUCUAAUCCAUAGACUCUCAUAACGUCACAGGUGCGAGGAAUAUAAGGAGAAUUGGCAUCGGGAAAUGUCUGUCUCUUAGUGCCACUCAUGUGGAGUCCGUCAGAAUCGAGAAUCGGCUGGCCAAGUUUCAACCCUAGAUUUAGAUAUUCCCUUCACAGUUUGCGGAGAAAAAGUCAGCCAGCGUGAGGCUUUUUGGCAUUCUCCCGUCCCCUGAUCGCCUGGGAUUUGUGUAGGUGAAAAAGAAGAGCCAGGGAAAGGUCACAUCCCCAGAGGGGCUGACAAUUGAUAUCGGAAUGCCCUUUUUUUGGUCGGCAAGAAUACGAAAAGAAAUGUCAAUGGUGCACGCAUUUAAAUAAUCUCCUUCUCGGAUCUCUGUUGAGCGAGUUUACAAAUCUUUUAAAGUUUAUCUAAAGUUUAUAAUCCAAUCCAUGAUCAUAAUUGUAUGUUUUUUAACAAUACAGAAAUUAAAAUUACACAUAUAUUUGUAUAUAUUAAAUUAAGAACCCAGCGUGAAAUCAUUCCUUUAGUCAGUCACCCAUUUAUUUAUGUAUAACGUAAAACUCCCGACGAAAGUCAGACCACAGUAGCCUGAGGAUCCAAUAACUCUGCCUUAUGAGCUCUUUCGUAAGUCUUUCGGAAAACUUACAAGGCCAACGACUACUUUUAGGCGGAAGAUUCUUCAAGAAACUAUAUAUUCUGUAUGAAUAUGUGGCAUUUUCUGCCUAACGUAGAUCUGACUUGUGUGCACCUUAUUUAAUUAAAGAAAGAAAGAAAGAAUAAAGAGCAAGGGGAAUCUAAAUUGGGCCAGUUAGAUCACUUGUCAAGGAAAUGUAAGCAACGUCUGCUAGUCAAAAAUAAUCUGUCUGCGUGGUUUCAGAAUCAGGACGCACUUUGCAAUGAAAUGAAGAAAUCCUUUACCAAAUUAGAAUCUGCUGGUUAGGAAAUUUUAUCGGGAAAUGUGCUUAGUAAAGGUUUUCGGAAUUUAGAAUUUUAUUUUAUUCAUAAAUGUCAAUGACAAGAAAAAGUCCUCAUGAAUUUCAGACCCAAAUUUAGAAGUAAACCUGUCAGCAAUAUAUUACAAGGGUCCAGUUUUCUGUUACGAAAGGUAUCUCAAAUGAAUUAACAGGCGUCAGAUUGCUUUGGAAAAACAUUGAAAGUAAUUUUUCAUUGACAAGGCAGUUGUCGUUGGCCUUCUAGUUUAAGUGGAAAGGAAAAACGAGUGAAAGAUGGAUAGAAUGUACAGGAAAGACUCUACCAUAUCGUCGAAAAUUUCUGAGUACGACAACGUCCCCAUCCUCCCUCGGAACUACUACGACCAUCAGUACAGGGAUCAGGACGACUUGGUGAUACCCACCAGCAAUGCUCACGUUACCCCGACCAAGACACCCAGGCCCGCCCCUAGAUACCAUAGUUUUCCAGUGGACACUGCCCCACCGGUGCCUCCUCAUCAGGUUCCCUUGGUCAAUUCCCAUGAUCAAAGCAGUCCCUCACCGCACCACCACACAAACGGCGGCUCGUCUGUGGAGAGUCACACCCCUCCAGAGCAUAAUCAAAAGCCAAGCGCUUUCCCUCUGGAGCAAGAAGACUAUGACAGCCUGGAUGCUCGCCUGGUCAUGCAGCACAGGAAGAUGCUGAAGCAGAAGAAAGAGCAAGAGGAGCUUCAGCAGAAACUGCAGCAACAGCAGAAACAGAACCAGCACACGCAGACCCCGCACAGUCCUCAGGACCAGCCAUCGGAGCAGAAGACGACUCAUCAUGGGCAGAUCGCAAAGUCCCCCUCGUCGGACCAAAAAAUAAAGCAGGAAACAGGUCGAUCUCAUCGCGAGUCGUACGGGAGUUCGGGGGAGAUGUCCCUCACAGCAUCGAUAUUCUUCUACUUCCUGGUCAUCUUGGCCGAAAUCCUGAUGUUCGGAGUGUUGUGCCUUGCGCUCUACUGGGUCGUGCAGUACAGAGGAGGCUUCGCGUGGAGAGAAGAUGUAGGCAAGGAGUUCAACUUCCAUCCGGUACUGAUGAUUGCUGGGUUCAUCUUCUUCAUGGGCAAUGCUAUGCUCGUGUACCGUGUCUUCCGCUGCUGCAAGAAGCUUCCAGCCAAGAUCUUGCACACGUAUUUGUACCUGAUGGCAGUGCCAUGCAUUGUGGUUGCCACGAUUGCUGUGUUUGACUCUCACAAUCUGAGAAAUCCGCCUAUCCCUAAUUUGUACUCCCUUCACUCUUGGUUAGGCCUCGUCACCAUAGGCCUCUUCGCUCUCCAGGUAACACAUACGCUUGUCGUUGGAUUCUUCAGUUUCUGGAUUCUCUUGUGCUGUGAGCAAGGUACCAGUGGAUUCCGAGCUGCAUUGGUGCCUGUCCAUGCAACAUUUGGAAUGAUCACAUUCAUGCUCGCAAUUGCCACAGCAGUGACUGGAUACACAGAAAAGGCUUUCUUCAGUCUCAGAUAAUUUCUUUAGACUCUGUUUCAUCACGGAGCCUUUAAAUAUUAUGAAGACAGAAGGCCAUAGUAGCCAUACUCCUAUUCCCUCUGGAUUCUGGGUAUUGUCGGGAAACAAGCGCGCCAGAGAAAGAUACUUCAGACAAUUUAUUUCAAAAAUGAAUAAAACAUGAACAACAAUCUAUUUGUAACCCAUAUAUCAAAAGAAGAAAUAUGUAUUAAUCAAGGUAACAAAAUUAAUACGUUUGUUACAGUACUCCUUAUCUUUUCAAAAUGAUGUAGAACAAAUUCUUGAGUGACAAGGUCAUCCUCAUGUCCAAAGGACCAAGGAAGUGUAAGAAAGUUAAAUCUUUAACUUGGCUAUCCAUUGCCAAAUGAUGCAAUAAAAAUUGAAGUUAGAUCUAAUGUUGAGAUGCUUACAUCAAUUCAGAACUUCUUAGAACAGCAAAUGCAGAAAGGGUGUGAUAUAGAAAUCUUUUAGAACUGUUGAAUACUGUGCAUUCUUUUUCAGCCUGCUUCUUGUAAGGAAAAUCAGAAAUUGAAUUUUUUCAACUAAAAAUAUGGCUCAAAUUUCUUUUGAGGAAGUUGAAAUUAGGACAGAAGAUAAAACUGAGUGUAUGAAAGGGCACUUCAGUGACGAAUACACGAUUUUUUCAAGUUGCUAGGCUUGUAUAAAAUAGGGGAAAAUAUGAUACUGAAAUGAAUAUCACAGAAUUAAUUUCGAUGAUUCUGGUUCAUGUAAGGAUUAGAAAAAUUGGAUAUUCCUUGAAUCCACUCAAAAGAUGUAAUAAGGAUUGGUGGAUAAUGAUCAAAUCAGUUGUGAUUUUUAAAGAACGAAUAUAAAAUAAAGGAAUAUACCAAAUUGUAUAUGUAAUAGAAAGGAGAAAUUGCCAAUAUUUGGUUGAUGCAUUUUUUGUUUUGUAUAUAUUUACCUUGAUGUGUUCUAGAAUGGAUCUUUGAAAGACCUUUUCAUUCAUUCCUUGAGACAGAAAUAGUUCUGUAGACAUAUCAAGAGGUAUUGUGAUUGUAGUUGUUAGUGAUAUUAUAAAAGAGGACUAUAAAAAAGUCUCACAAAAAAGGGUUUUUCAUCCCAUAAUGAAUGUCGCCGUUUUAAGUUAUAAAACCACAGAGAAGAAAUAAGGCACCAUUAGUCCCAACACUUGAAAGUUGAAGGAAACAGAGAUGGCAGAGGCUUAAAUAAUGUUAACAAAGCAUGAACCCAGCACCAGUUGUUAUAACUCGAGCAGACAAAAAUAAUAAACCGUUAUACGUAUAACUACUGACCGAACAGAUACAAUAUGAUGUUAUUGAGGUGGUUCAGAAGAAGAUGAAGAACAAAGGAAUAAAGCCAAGGAAAGGAAAUAUUCAUCGCGUAUAACACUUGAGUGGCAUUUGAAUUGGUGGCACAAUGAUUCAUCAUCUGCUCAGAAGUGCUAUAGUAUUCGGAUAUCACUAUUGUCCUCUUAGAUUUAGGCAGAAUAUAAACAGUAAUGAGAAAAGGUAUUUGGAGAUGUAUGCACGCCUUUUGACUAAAAUUUAUGCAAUAGUCCUGCCUAAAAUGAAAAUAGUUACAGCGCAGCUGAGUUCAGAAAAACAAAAGAGACGUACAUAUGAAAUUCCAUGACUGUUAAUGUCCUGGAAAUACACAUUUAAGGAGAUAUCAUUUUUUAAAUUGUUAUUAUUGUAUGUCAGCAAAAAUUUGAAUGGGGAGGUAGAUUGUAUGUAUUAAUGAGUUUCUGAGAUCUUAAAAAUGCAUUCAUUGCUCUUUCAACUCGGAUGACCUGAAAUGUUUCUCGAGUUUCCUGAUUAAUUUUAGAAAAACCACAACUUUAGACAAGUUACUUUUGUGAACACUUGGAGCAGCAAUCCAUCAAUUUGGAAAUUUACUUUCAUAUAUAGUUAUAGAGUUUGCACUGCUUGAGUAGGUAAGAAACCCUCCAAAAUGAUUGUUGUACAGCUUUGUUUAUCGUACAUUUUACUGGGUAGCAUUAUACUACAAUUUAACGAAAUUUUAUUAUUUGAUGAACUCCCAGAUAGUUACUCAGGUUACAUUAUUGCAAAGCUGUUUCAAGGCUUUCAACCUCUCCUGCUUUAGGCCAUUGAUCAUAAUCAAAUAUAGCAUCUCAUCAAUUCCCAUCAGACUCAUGCCAACAGGGACAGUCUGUUUUUUUUCUUUUUUUUUAAAUUCUUUUUAUGACCUUCCACGUUGAAAUAGUUUCACUCACUUCUCACGUGUGAAUCACAAACAUAUCAUAGCUGGGUUUGUCUUGAAUUUCAUGACAUGACCCUGAUCUCACGAGAUCUUGAUGUUUGGGAUUUGCCAGUUCAGUUAAAAGUUGAGAGCCAAAACACCAGUAAUGAUACAGCUAAGGAACGGAGUCCUUUGACUUGCACGUUUCCUUGGCGUUCAGUAAGUAUGUUCUCAUUUCCCUCAAGCAAUCGAGUGUUGUUGAGCUUUUUGAAGAAUUUGCAGAUUUGUGUGUUGACUAUCUAUUCCAAAUAACAAAUUUAAUCAUUUUGCAAAUUUAGUGACUAUUCCUGAUAAUUAAAUUAACAAGUUCUCCCUCCCUUGUGCAGGUUUAACUACAUAGCUCUACCAAAUGAAGCCAUUGUAAUUAAUGCUCAAGCGAUGUGUCUCGGUGCUCUUGCAAUUGUCAUGUAUCUUAUUUUCAACUUACAAUUCAAAAGAAAAAAAUCUGAAGA